ACCUCUCCCGGGUCUUAGACUGCGGUCUGAGACUUAGCGAGAGGAGCCUGGGAGGAGACAGACCUUUCCUUCCUUUCCCAUCCUUUCUUUUAGCUUGGAGAGGCAAGCAGAGGCGCGGAGCUUUAGAAAGUUCUUAAGUGGUCAGGAAGGUAGGUGCUUCGGUUUUUCUCCACACACCGAGGUGGAAGUGGGACCGCCCGGACCCAGCUUCUCACCUCAGAAGGUGCACUUUUUUCGGCUCCAGCAGCCGAUGCGCAUCGGAGCCGCUCUCUGCAGAGCCAGAGGGCGGGUUGGUUUCUCGGUGUGCGCCUAAGAGGAUGGAUCGGAGGUCCCGGGCUCAGCAGUGGCGCCGAGCUCGCCAUAAUUACAACGACCUGUGCCCGCCCAUAGGCCGCCGGGCAGCCACCGCGCUCCUCUGGCUCUCCUGCUCCAUCGCGCUCCUCCGCGCCCUUGCCACCUCCAACGCCCGCGCCCAGCAGCGCGCGGCAGCCCAGCAGCGCCGGAGCUUCCUUAACGCCCACCAUCGCUCCAGCGCCCAGGUAUACCCUGAGUCCCCCGAAUCGGAAUCUGACCACGAGCACGAGGAGGCAGAGCUUGAGCUGUCCCUCCCCGAGUGCCUAGAGUACGAGGAAGAGUUCGACUACGAGACCGAGACCGAGACCGAGUCCGAAAUCGAGUCUGAGACCGACUUCGAGACCGAGCCUGAGACCGCCCCCGCCACUGAGCCUGAGACCGAGCCGGAAGACGAGCGCGGCCCCGUAGUGCCCAAGGGCUCCACCUUCAACCAAUCUCUCACCCAGCGUCUCCAGGCUCUGAAGUUGCAAAGCCCCGACGCCUCCCCAAGUCUCGCGCAGCCCACCACUCAGGAGUCGGAGAGCCCCAGCGAGGGGGAGGAGCCCGAGCCUGAGGACAAGGAUCCGAGGGACCCCGAAGAGUCCGAAGAACCCAAGGAGAAGAAGCAGCAGCGCCGCUGCAAGCCGAGAAAGCCCACCCGCCGCGACAGGUCCCCGGAGUCCCCUUCCAAAAGGGGACCCAUCCCCAUCCGGCGUCACUAAUGGAGGACGUCGUCCAGAUUCUCCUUGUUUUCAUGGA